AUGUCUGCCAACAACAACAACAACAACCAGUGGCAGCAGCAGCAGCAACAGCAGCAGCAGCAGCAGCAACAGCAGCAGCAGCAGCAGCAACAGCAGCAGCAGCAGCAGCAACAGCAGCAACAGCAGCAGCAGCAGCCGCGACAGUUACGGCCCCGUGCCCCCCCUCCCCCCUCUCCGAACUUCGUCCAGACAUUCCCUUAUACGGCCACACCUACGAUUGGCUUGGUACGGCGCUAUGUCAACCAGACUGUGGUCCCCGCCUACGGCAUCAACCCUGUCUCGGCCUCGCGCGCCUCCGCCACUCUCCUCACCAACCUCGAAGGAGAGGCCCGGUUCCUGGGUCGCGAGCUGCGUGCUGCUGCUGUCGUUGACCCCGCCGACGUCCGUGCUGCUGCCGCCCUCCGCGACCUUGCCAACCUCUGGCCUAACGGUUACUGGUGCCCGCCCGCCUUCAUUCCCCCGGGCAAUCUCCCCGAAUCCCUCCUAGUGGAGAUGAAAAAGUUCUCCGAUAUCGUUGCCAGCGGCAGGGGCCCCCAGUGGCUCCCCCAGCUUUGGAAUCCGGCUCCAGGCCCCCAUCCUGUUGGAGUGCUCCGCGCUGCCAUGCAAGGUAACGUCUACCUCACCCGUCAGGCCAUUCGAAACGCCCGUGCCGACUACAGCCGCCCUCCUAUCCCUCCCGCCCCUCCCCUCCCGCCCGCUCCCGCUCCAGUCGCGCCAAUCCCCGCCUGGAUCCGCGCCCAGUUUGACGCCACCCUCCGUGAGCGGCGCCAGGUGCUGGAGGCCAUCGAGCAGCAGGCAGAGCACCAAGAAGAAGAAGGAGGAGGAGGAGGACCCCAAGGAGAAGAAGACCAAGAAAGAGUAGCAGCGCAAGAACUCGGAGCAGGACCAGGACAAGAAGAAGAAGAGGGAGAUCAAGGUCGAGAAAGAACAGACCAGGACGAGGAGGGCUUUGGUGGCAACUGGGACAGCGACCUCCCGGAUACUCCCGCCCGUCGCACCACGGGCCACCCAGAGACACCGUUACUGUCUGGCGGCCCCGACUUGAACCAUCUAGCUCGUGUUUCAGGCCGCGUGUCCUCGGUUGGCUCUCUCAGGGGGCACCUAGACCCCUUUGCUAGCAACAACAACAGUGACAACGACGAUGACGACUAUGGCGGCCUCGACCGCGGCCACGAUGGAGAGCGAGACUCCCUCCCAGCAAGCCAGUCCCACAACACGCCUGCCUACGACGACAUCGACGAGCUAGACAUGGACAACGAGGUCGACGACCUAGUCCCACCCGCCCCGCGCCCUGCCCCCGCCCCCGCCACCCGUUGCUCCCAGCCUUACCAGUCCGUGGACGAAGCCAUCGCCGCCGUCUCCAACGGCGCCAGCUCCUCCACCUCCGCUCGCCUACGCCGCGCCGCCGACUUCUUCACACCGGCCCAGAGACGUGCCAUUGCCCGAGAGUCGCGCCAGGCCACUAGGGCCAUUAUGGAAAGGUUUGCCGCCGCCGCCGCCAACGCCCAGGAGAGUGAGGACGAUCCUUUCCAGAGUCUAAGCUCAAGCUCGGAUGAGGGAAUGGCGGGUGGCGUUCGGGGUGGCCGAGGAGGCCGUGGUGGUCGUGGCGGCCGUGGCCGUGGCCGUGGUCGUGGACGUGGUCGCGGACGUGGAGGUGUCAGUCGCGGCUGA